CCGCUGCGCUCUUAUUUCACGCUCAGAUCGAGAAAGACGCGCAGCUCGAGUUCCGAUUAUCAUCGACGCGAAAGUCUUCCUCAGACACGCAGAAGAACAUCAAAACACAAACGUUUCAUCCAAAAGCGACGUUUGCGCUUCGGGGGACCCGUUUUUCUUUCCUUUGUUCAGAGUUACGUGUCUUACCGACCGGCGUCGACGGGAACCGCGGGACGCGAACGAGAGCGGCAUACCGGCGAACAAAGAAACCCGUUUGUGCGCGACAUCAACCCUCAUCACCCGUUAGUUAUGAGUCAUGUGGCCGUCGAGAAUGUGCACGGUCUAGACCAGCAGCUCGCUGCCCUAGACUUGAACUCCGCUGAUGUUCAAGGAGUCACUGGAAGGCGUUACAUUCCACCUCAUUUAAGGAACAAAGAAGCUUCCAAAAAUGCAGGAGCUUUUUCCUCUGGUAGACAGAGCGGUUACUCAGUGGCACCAGGAAGGAGCUAUUCUCCCGGAGGAUGGGAUAACGGACGCAGCAAUGGCUUUGUGAACGGCUACCACGAUGGCCGAGACAACCGCAUGAAUGGCGGCAGCAGCUUCGGAGGCCGUGGCUCCAUGCGCAACGAUCGCGGAGGAAGAGGAGGCUUCAGAGGUAAACCCAGCGGCUCCUACAGCCCCAUCCAGCCCAUGCCGAGCGCAGGGUUUGGUUAUGACAAUAAAGAUGCUGGUGGGUGGAACACCCCGAAAGACACUGCCUACAACAGCUUCGGUGGCCGCUCCGACAGGGGCAAGUCCUCCUUCUUCAAUGACCGCGGGUCUUCAUCCAGGGGCCGGUACGAGCGUGGCGGCUUCGGCGGCGGAGGGAACAGUCGAUGGGUGGAGGACUCGAGAGACGAUGAAGAUUGGUCCAAACCGCUGCCUCCCAAUGAGCGCGUGGAACAUGAGCUCUUCUCUGGAAGCAACACAGGGAUUAACUUUGAAAAAUAUGAUGACAUUCCUGUUGAAGCCACAGGCCACAACUGCCCACAACACAUUGAGAGUUUCCAUGAUGUAGAUAUGGGGGAGAUCAUUAUGGGUAAUAUAACCCUGAGCCGUUACACACGGCCCACCCCGGUCCAGAAGCAUGCGAUUCCCAUCAUCAAGACGAAGAGAGACCUGAUGGCGUGUGCUCAGACAGGUUCUGGUAAGACCGCAGCCUUCCUGUUGCCAGUUCUGAGCCAGAUAUACACUGAUGGACCAGGAGAGGCGCUGCAGGCCAUGAAAAACAGUGCACAGGAAAAUGGCAAAUAUGGCCGCCGUAAGCAGUAUCCCAUUUCACUGGUCUUAGCCCCAACCAGGGAACUGGCUCUCCAGAUCUACGAUGAGGCCAGGAAGUUUGCGUACCGCUCUCAUGUGCGGCCCUGUGUGGUGUACGGAGGCGCUGAUAUCGGUCAGCAGAUUCGUGAUCUGGAGAGAGGCUGUCAUCUGCUGGUGGCCACUCCGGGGCGUCUGGUGGACAUGAUGGAGCGGGGCAAGAUCGGCCUGGACUACUGCAAUUAUUUGGUGCUGGAUGAAGCAGACAGGAUGUUGGACAUGGGCUUCGAACCACAGAUUCGUCGUAUCGUUGAGCAGGACACCAUGCCUCCCAAAGGGCUUCGUCAGACUAUGAUGUUCAGCGCCACCUUCCCCAAGGAGAUCCAGAUCUUGGCUCGUGACUUCCUGGAGGACUAUAUUUUCUUGGCUGUGGGCAGGGUUGGAUCUACUUCAGAGAAUAUCACCCAGAAGGUGGUGUGGGUUGAAGAAAAUGACAAGAGGUCCUUUCUGCUCGACUUGCUCAAUGCCACAGCCAUUCCGAAUGAGGUUCAGGACAGUACGGGGGAGAACAUAGAAAAACCUGGUAAAGACUCUUUGACUUUGGUGUUUGUUGAGACCAAGAAGGGCGCAGAUGCUCUGGAGGACUUCCUGUACCGCGAGGGCUACGCCUGCACCAGUAUUCAUGGUGACCGGUCCCAGAGAGACCGCGAGGAAGCGCUCCAUCAGUUCCGCUCGGGGAGAUGCCCUAUCUUAGUAGCCACAGCUGUGGCUGCUCGUGGUCUGGACAUCUCCAACGUGAAACACGUCAUUAACUUUGACCUGCCUAGCGACAUCGAGGAGUACGUCCACCGCAUCGGGCGCACCGGUCGCGUGGGCAACCUGGGUCUUGCCACAUCAUUCUUCAAUGAUAAGAAUGGCAACAUCACCAAGGAUCUGCUGGACAUCUUGGUGGAAGCCAAACAGGAAGUGCCCUCCUGGCUGGAGAGUCUAGCCUAUGAGCACCAGCACAAGAGCAGCAACCGUGGCCGCUCCAAGAGGUUCUCUGGUGGUUUUGGUGCCAGAGACUACCGUCAGACCAGCAACAGCACCAGCAGCGGAGGCUUCGGGAGUCGUGGCGGCCGAAACACCGGCGGUCACGGCGGAAACCGUGGAUUUGGCGGUGGUAAGGGUGGCUUUGGUAACUUCUACAGCAGUGACGGCUAUGGAGGAAACUAUUCCCAGGUGGACUGGUGGGGAAACUAAGACUCCUUCUUCUUCACCUCUUCACUCCCCACGAUGACAGUGGAUCACCAUGCCAAACUCACUGAAUGGAAACCACAUGUACCAUAGCCAGACUAUAUACCCUGUGUAGCUUUGAAGAACUUUGCAGUACAUUACCAGCUGUGAUUCUCUGACCACAUCCGGCGAGGCUUGAGCUCCGUGAGACGCGGGGACGCCGGGAUUUCUGGAGGCUCGACUGUAGCAGGACACGGUCUCGUGCCGAAGGGGGAACGGAGGCAGAAGUUUGCUUUAGAUUCUUGGACUCUAGUUUUCCACUACAUCUCAUUUCUUUAUACUAAAUGAGAAUCAUUUGUUUGUUAAUGUACUGUGCCUUUAAAUUUAGACUCGCUGUGUUUUGUUUGUUUUCCGUUCUCCUUUUUAAAUGUCUGGCUGACAGUUGUUUUCCCCUUUUUUUUUUUUGUUUUUUUUUUCCCCUCGAAAGAUUUGUUUGGACGGUAUAACAAAAGCUUGGAUGUAAUCAAACCUUGGCAAAGUCUGGGAUGGUCUGUCACAACCUCAUUUUGAACUGAAAUUUUGUAUGGGGUCACCCGACCCCCCCCUCCAUUGGCUUGUAUUCUCUUGUGUGGUAAAACUAUCACAAGGGAGUUUAAAAAAUUCAAUGUUGGAAGGAAAAGAUCUCGCUCACUCUAUCCUGGAGAGGCAUCAAUAAGAGAUGGUAGUCUUGAGAAAAGAAACAAGCCAUUCCAGUAUAUUAUCUUAAAUUUCGAUGUUGUGAUGAACCGCGUCUGCCUCCCGCCGCUCCGCUUUGCAACCGUACCGUAGAGGCAGCUAGUUCAGUACCGCAUGCUAGCUGUUUAGCGGUGUUGGAUUUUUUUUUUUUUUUUUUUUUUCUUCAUUUAAUUUUUUUUCUUGAACCGUUGUGGAGGUAGCAAUUGGAUUUAUCUUUUUCUUCCUUCGAAAUCCAUUCUUGAAGUCGAUUAACGGUGGGCUUGUGGCAGCUUCCACAGUGGAGAGUUCGAAUGGCUUCUCUAGGACCACGACCUCAGAGCCGACGGGCCCCGAAAGCCCAGCUCGUCUCUGAAGAAAUCCGCAUGCUAGUGUUCUUGUUUUUUGGUCAAGGAGAUUUUCGAACCGAUUUCUGCAGCAGGCUUUUAUGUUCGUUACAAAAAACAUUUGUUCACGUUUUUCGUUUUUCUCUUUUUCAAGCUGCGUUGAAUUCCGAAAGACAUCCUCGGCUUUACUCUUGAGACACGGCUCCCUCGUGACCCCUGGAUCUUAGGGAGGCCUCGGGGUCAGUAGAAUUCGGUGUACACCACGGGAACCGCACAAGACGAGCUGGUUUUUAAUGUAAACCAGACUUGUUCUGGUUGGUUUGUAGUGGAGGAGGUUUCCAUGGCAUCCUGGCCAAAGACAGGGUUCUUUCAAAAACUCCCGCGCUCUUAAUCGUACGCUAAGGGCGAGUGGGACGCGUUUAACUGAAGUGCAAUAGAUUUACUCUCAAGCGUGUUGUGCCUUUUUGACAUAAAUUUGGAAAAGGUGACCUGAAGCAGAUGUGUUGACAGUAUUGAGGUGUCUUGAGAGCAGUGGUGCUACUUAGGCCCUUCUGUGUUACUUAGGCCCAUCCAGUUUUACAAAAGUUGUUUUAUUGCACAUCUAGGGUUUUAUAUAAGUGUCUUGAGUGCGUGUCCUUAAGCUUCCAAAUAUUGUGUGUGAAGAUUGUGAAAACGCAGCUUGUUUACAAAAGGGGAAGGGUUCUCCAAUAGUUAACCAGGAUUGAUUUGGGACCAGGGGGAUUAGCAGUGGGGAAUUUAGCUAUUUGCACAGAUUACUAGAUUCUACUUUUGCUGCUAGUUUGUGUAAUUUAUUAAGCAUUUUUGAGAAAUAUUUAUUUUUAUAAGCCUAAAAGUGAUAGUUUCAAGUAACUUGACCAAAAGACAGUACAAAAACACUGGCACUUGAAUGUUGAAUGUCACCCGUAUGCGUGAAAUUUAUAUUUUUCGGGGUAGUGUGAGCUUUUUAAUGUUUAAGGUCAUUUUGGACUCCGCUGAAAUUCCACAUCUGUAAUUGGUCUCUAACUAAACGAAUCGAUCCGAUCAGUCAAAUUUUGAAUUGGCAGCCAAAAUUUGAACGAUAAACAACCAUGCCAAGGUUUGGAAAAAGUUACAGAAAUAUUUUUGUAAAUGUGUAUCAGUGCAAAGUGUUCAGAUUCUCCAAUUCUUUUGUUUUUUUUGUUUUUGUUUUUUUUCCAAUAUUUAUUUUUUUUUAUUUGUACCCCCAGUGAAUGUCUGGCACACGGCAAUCUUAAGUAACAAAAACAUGUGGUUAUUCUCUAUUGUUGCAUUUGCAUAUUGGGCUAUGGCGCUGGUGUUCUCUGACAGGUUUGGCUGUAAAUUCAGUCUUAAAGAAGCAGUUAUGGGUGAAGUGUUGAAAGCAUGAAGUGAGAGGCUUUUAAUUGACCAAAUCAUGUGAGAAAACAUCACCGGAGCCCUUAGAGUUAGAGUAUUUGCUUUAUGUACUAGUUUAGAGGCUGUGCACUGCACGAAAAAUAAAAAUGUGUUUAUUGUAUGAUUUUACCAAAUUAAACGUUGGAAAUUGCAAAUACAAAA